AUGGUCAAGUUUACGAUUCUUGCGGGCGGCUACAGCGCGUACAUCUCGACAUACUCCUUUGAUUCAGACAGCAGUACUCUGAGUCUAGUUGGUCAGUCACCAACAGGCGGGAAUGCUUCCUGGCUUUCACUUCACCCAGCAAACAGCAGUAUUCUCUAUGCUGUUAAUGAAAUUGACCAAGCUGCACUGCAGUCGUUCGUGGUUCAUGAGGACGGGCUCUUGAGUGACGCCAUAUCCACUGUCCCCACCCUGGGAUUGUCUCCGACGCAUAAUCAUCCACUCAAAACUGGACAGGUCUCGGUCAUGAACUGGAGUACGGGAAAUGGAAGGGUCUUUCCCACAUCACCUGAUGGACUAUACUUCGAUAACUCGUCGGCGCCUGUUAUCACCUUCCCAGCAAACCAGUCGCACCCACACGAGACCGUUGAGCAUGAGGAUGAAAUCCUCGUUCCUGACUUGGGAGCGGACACGAUCUGGCGCCUUGUACAGGAAUCCCCUGAUACACCCGGCACGUGGAAGAUCCAAGGUUCCAUACCUCAGCCAAAAGGCUCAGGGCCGCGUCAUAUCGCACUUGCAGACGGCUUCGUCUACACAUUGCACGAAACAAGUAACACAUUGGUAUCCCAAGUACUCCCCAGUGAACCAAACGGUACCUCAGACUACAUCGCGAACAUCUCCGUCAUCCCUACCGACCUAGUCGAAGGUGCGAAGAUGGCAGCAGCCGAGAUCCUCAUACCAGCCGUCUCAGAUACGUUCUGCGAACCCUACAUCUUCACCUCGAAUCGUAACAUGGGUACACAAGACCCUCGCGGCGAUCCUAUCACAAUUAUCCGUCGUGGUGCGAAGGGCGAGCUUGAAGUCUCUGGAUUCGUGUACACAGGUCUUAGCAUAAUUCGCAGCAUGGCGUUCUUCGGUGAAGAUGACAAGUACCUCAUUGCGGGUGGUCAGCAGGGUGAUGCGGGUGUGGUUGUGUAUGAGCGCACGGGUGACGGCGGCGAGCUUACUCUCGUCGCGACGAAUAAGGAGGUACCGACUAGGACAUCGUUCGUGAGCAUCCAGGAGUAUUAG